AUGGGGGCAGACCCGGGGAGGCGGCGGGAGCGGGGGGCCGGGGGGAGGCUGGGAGGAGGAGGACAAGGAGGGGGCCGGGGCCGGUCACACACGCCCGCCGCCGCCUCCGCCGCCGCCGCCGCCGGCAGCAGCAGCCGCCCCGCGGGCCAGCACCACCGGCUGCCGGUCUCCGUGACAACGCGACCCCAGGGGGGGGGCCGGACCCGGCGGGGGCAGGAGGCGGAGAGACCGGACCUUUCACGGCAAUAUCCUCAUGGGCCGGCGGCGGGGGGUCUUUGUCCCCCUCCCCGGGGGAAGCGGCGCCCUUCUCGGGAGCGGGGCUCAAGCGAUGCCGGCGGAUUUUCUUCACUCAACGAGCAGAGCAUCCAACAUGGCGCUACGGCCGCCUCCAGCAGUCCAGCAGGACGGCCGCUCGGCAAACUUCGGGCGUUUCCGGAGCGGCUCGGCGGGCCGAGGGUGGGAGGCCCCUUCGGCUCUUUCCGGAGACCGCGGGCGGUCGGGAACCUUCGUAAGCGCUCGGGGGCGUCUUCGGCGCCGUUCGGGGGGGCGCUCCGGGGCUGGCUGGCCUCCUCGGGAAAGAUCGGCGCGGGGGGAUCGCCGGGCUGCGGGGCGGGAGGAGAGACCGGAGGCGAGGUCUGGCCUGGAGCGUCCUCUCCGGCCGCCCAGCCUCAGAACAAUGGUAACGGCCCCGGAGCCUACGGUCUGCGGAGAGAGCCCUGCCCCGGGGAGGGAGCGGCGAGGCCAGAGACUGGUUACGGGGCGCGGAACCGCCGGACCGGAGGGAAGCCGCGGGCUGGGUACCCACCGCGUGCGCCUGUCAGCAUCGCAAAGGCCCCCCGCCGGCCCUCACCUACGCACCUCACGUCCAUUGUGUCGACAUUUCGCCCUCGUGCGCAUUCAGAGGGGAGUGGGCGGAGGAGCCUCAGUCUCUCCCCCCCCCCCCCCGCCCUGCACACUGAGGCCGGGAAAGGAAAAGUGACUGGCCCGAGGUCACUCGGACAGGAAAGUCUGGAUCUGGAUUCCUCUUUCAUCCGGAUAAACCUUGCUACCUCACAAAUUAAUGACCUAGGACCUGAUCCAACCUGCCUUACCUAA